AUGUUGUUGAAGGGUGUUGCCAAGUUCAACCCUUUAAAGCACCUUAGGCGAAGUGACAUUGUGUUCUACCCAGGCUGGGCCAUUGUCAUCAACCGCUGGUCUAAAACCAUCCAGUUUAGUCAACGUCUCCUUACUGCUCCACUACCUCUCAUCCCAGGUCACCCACUGUGUCCCUAUUCUGCACUACAGCAUGCCUUCAAGCUUGUGCCAGCCACCCUGUCUGGUCCAGCCUUCGUCUUGCCAGCACCCUCAGGGAGGGGCCUAAUACCAUUCACAUAUGCCAAGUUCGACAGCCUUCUUAAAUCAGUGGCUUCCACAGCA